AUGCUGCGCCGAACCUCCCGUCGUUUUGUGAGCGCCAAGCAGUUCUUUGGGACCGAAGCGCAGCCGCUGGAGCCGUACACCGUUAAGUCGCUUUUUCUGUUUAGCUUCAUUGCCUCCAUCGCGUUUCUCUCGGUGCUGAGUGUGAAGGAGACAAAGAAAGCCGGGCCAAUUGAGCUACCGGACGAGCUGGAGGCGGAAAAACGCCGUAGGAAUGAUCCACGCCGCCCACCGUGGCCCCUGCUGCACCAACGCAUCGUUCUGCUGCGCGAGGGGAAAGCGCCACACGAUGAUCUGCCUCUCUUGUGGGAGCAGACACGGCAUUAUUACCCCGCCGACUGGCUGGUGCCGCUCGAGGUGACGCAGGUGCUCAAGUACACGAGCGGGGCGUACCUGCAGAACUAUGUGGCUGACCCCGAUAAGCUACGCAAGGACGUUCUAAUGCAAUUGCUGAACAUCAAGUAUGGGCGGGUGAAGGACCCUAACGGCGGCCGCAUCAACCGCGAUGUGGAGGAGAUCAUCUCCAUGGCAAUAGAGGAUCUGGAGAAUAUGGAUCUGAGCCCCUCAGCGGACGCAGCGCUCGUGCCUACGCACACAUGA